CGGGCUCACGGGCGGCGUAGCGCGCCGGGCAGUUUCGCGGGAGCGGGGCGCCGGGGCGCCGGUGCCGCAAAUCGGGGAGGACGGAAGCCGCGGCGGGCGGGAGAGGAGGCCGGGAUGGCGACUCCGAGCGGGAAGACGCCGGUCCCCGGCCCCCUUGCCUCGAAGAGAGCUCUCCCGAGAGAUCCCUCGUCGGAGGUCCCGAGCAAAAGGAAGAGCUCGGCCCCGCCGGCGCCGCCGCCUCCUCAGGCGUCCAGGCCUUUCGUGGAAGGCUCUAUCGUCCGCAUCGUGAUGGAGAACUUCCUAACAUAUGAUAUCUGUGAAGUAUCUCCUGGACCCCACUUGAAUAUGAUUAUUGGAGCUAAUGGAACAGGGAAGUCCAGCAUUGUGUGUGCCAUUUGCCUUGGAUUAGCAGGCAAACCUGCUUUCAUGGGACGGGCAGAUAAGGUUGGCUUUUUUGUGAAGAGAGGAUGUUCCAAAGGCAUGGUUGAAAUUGAAUUGUUCAGGACCUCUGGAAAUCUUAUAAUCACCCGUGAAAUUGAUGUGGCAAAAAAUCAGUCCUUUUGGUUCAUCAACAAAAAAUCUACAACCCAGAAAAUAGUAGAAGAGCAAGUUGCAGCCUUAAAUAUUCAAGUGGGUAAUCUUUGCCAGUUUCUACCUCAGGAUAAAGUUGGAGAAUUUGCUAAACUCAGUAAAAUUGAACUCCUUGAAGCUACUGAGAAGUCAAUUGGUCCUCCAGAAAUGCACACAUACCAUUGUGAACUCAAAAACUUCAGGGAGAAAGAAAAACAACUAGAGACCUCAUGCAAAGAGAAAACUGAGUAUCUAGAGAAAAUGAUUCAAAGGAAUGAAAGAUAUAAACAAGAUGUGGAGAGGUUCUAUGAACGCAAGCGACAUUUAGAUUUGAUUGAGAUGCUUGAAGCAAAGAGGCCGUGGGUGGAAUAUGAAAAUGUUCGUCAGGAAUAUAGAGAAGUGAAACUAGCUCGUGACCGAGUGAAGGAAGAGGUCAGAAAACUUAAAGAGGGGCAGAUUCCUGUGACACGUAGAAUUGAAGAAACUGAAAGGCAGCGUCAUAAUUUGGAGGCUCGGAUCAAAGAGAAGGCCAUAGAUAUUAAGGAGGCAUCUCAAAAAUGCAAACAAAAGCAAGAUAUUAUAGAAAGGAAAGAUAAACAGAUUGAGGAACUUCAGCAGGCUUUAACAGUAAAACAAAACGAAGAGCAUGACCGACAGAGGAGAAUAAGUAAUACCCGGAAAAUGAUAGAAGAUUUACAAAAUGAACUGAAAACCACAGAAAACUGUGAGAACCUUCAGCCCAAGAUUGAUGCCAUUACAAAUGAUCUGAGAAGAGUUCAAGAUGAAAAGGCAUUAUGUGAAGGCGAGGUAAUUGAUAAGCGAGGAGAGAAGGAAACUCUAGAGAAGGAGAAAAAGAGUGUGGCUGCUCAUAUUGUACGAUUUGAUAAUCUUAUGAAUCAAAAGGAAGAUAAGCUGAGACAAAGAUACCGUGACACAUACGAUGCUGUUCUAUGGCUAAGAAAUAACAGAGACAAAUUUAAGCACAGAGUCUGUGAACCUAUAAUGCUCACCAUCAAUAUGAAAGAUAAUAAAAAUGCCAAAUAUAUUGAAAAUCAUAUUCCAUCAAAUGACUUGAGAGCUUUUGUAUUUGAAAAUCAAGAAGAUAUGGAGGUUUUCCUCAAAGAGGUUCGUGACAAUAAAAAAUUAAGAGUAAAUGCUGUUGUUGCUCCCAAAAAUUCACAUGCAGACAAAGCACCUUCACGAUCUCUGAGUGAACUCAAGCAAUAUGGAUUUUUCUCUUACUUGCGAGAGUUAUUUGAUGCACCUGAUCCUGUCAUGAGUUACCUUUGUUGCCACUAUCACAUUCAUGAAGUCCCUGUAGGAACUGAAAAGACCAGAGAAAGAAUUGAACGGGUAAUACAAGAAGCCCGAUUAAAACAAAUUUAUACAGCAGAAGAAAAGUAUGUGGUGAAAACUUCUCUUUAUUCAAAUAAGGUUAUUUCUAGUAAUACAUCCCUAAAAGUAGCUCAGUUUCUCACAGUCACUGUGGACCUAGAGCAAAGAAGACGCUUAGAGGAACAGCUAAAGGAAAUUAAUAGAAAAUUACAAGCAGUGGAAUCAGGAUUGAUUGCCUUAUAUGAGAGAAACAAACAUCUAGAACACAAAGACAAUGAACUUAGACAAAAGAAGAAGGAGCUUCUUGAAAGGGAAACCAAGAAAAGGCAACUGGAACAAAAAAUUAGUUCUAAACUGGGAAGUUUAAAGCUGAUGGAACAAGAUACUUGCAACCUUGAAGAGGAAGAGCGAAAAGCAAGUACCAAAAUCAAAGAAAUAAAUGUUCAGAAAGCAAAACUUGUUACUGAACUAACAAACCUUUUAAAGAUCUGUACUUCUCUGCAUAUACAAAAGGUAGAUUUAAUUCUUCAAAAUACUACAGUGAUAUCUGAGAAGAACAAAUUGGAAUCAGAUUAUAUGGCUGCCUCAUCACAGUUACGUGUCACUGAGCAACAUUUCAUUGAGUUGGAUGAAAGUAGACAGAUACUAUUGCAAAAGUGCAAGGAACUUAUGGACAGAGCUAAGCAAGUAUGUAACCUGGAUGCAGAGCAGACCAUUCCUCAAGAGUAUCAGACACAAGUACCCACCAUUCCAAAUGGACACAGCUCCUCACCCCCCAUGGCUUUCCGAGACCUUCCAAACACAUUGGAUGAAAUUGAUGCCUUAUUAACUGAAGAAAGAUCAAGAGCUUCUUGCUUCACAGGACUGAACCCUACAGUUGUUGAGGAAUACACAAAAAGAGAAGAAGAGAUAGAGCAAAUAACUGAGGAACUAAAGAUAAAGAAAUUUGAACUGGAUAAAUACAGGGAAAACAUUUCACAGGUAAAAGAGAGGUGGCUUAAUCCUUUAAAAGAGCUGGUAGAAAAAAUUAAUGAAAAAUUCAGCAAUUUUUUUAGUUCCAUGCAGUGUGCUGGUGAAGUUGAUCUACAUACAGAAAAUGAGGAAGACUAUGAUAAAUAUGGAAUUCGAAUUAGAGUCAAAUUUCGCAGUAGUACUCAGUUGCAUGAAUUAACACCUCAUCAUCAAAGUGGCGGUGAGAGAAGUGUUUCUACCAUGUUAUACUUGAUGGCACUUCAAGAGCUUAAUCGAUGUCCAUUCAGAGUAGUUGAUGAAAUCAAUCAGGGAAUGGACCCAAUCAAUGAACGGAGAGUGUUUGAAAUGGUUGUAAGUACUGCUUGUAAGGAAAACACCUCUCAGUACUUCUUCAUAACACCAAAGCUCCUGCAAAACCUUCCAUACUCUGAUAAGAUGACAGUAUUGUUUGUCUACAAUGGACCUCAUAUGCUGGAACCAAAUAGAUGGAAUUUAAAGGCUUUCCAAAGGCGGCGGCGCCGUAUUACGUUCACUCAGCCUUCUCAAUAAAAGUAAAGGACCAGAAGUUUAGAAUUUCUCUGUUAAAUCCUGUUAAUAAGUAUGACUCAACUGAGUAAAAGGAGAUUCAUUAAGACUAAAAUACCAGUUAUUUUUGGAAACCUGCUGUUUAAUACAAAUGGGUUGAUGAAAGGAGACCACAAUGACUUCUUUCUGUGGGUCAUCAUCUGGUAGAAAAAAUUAGGUCUUCAGUCUUUAUUGAACUUGAGUCCUUAGCACUGACCAUGAAUCAUUGGGUUCCCAUGUUAAAAAGUAUGUACUAUUUCAGAUCAAAAGUACAGUGGAAGGGGUUAUCCAUCACAAGGAGUUUAGUUGAUAUGGUAACCCUGAGCUCUAAUUGCAGAGUAACUUUAAUUACUUUUAGAGUUUAAAGAUGCCUCUACAUCCUAAGUCAUAGUAUUCUCCCAGUGUUAUAUUUAAAUUUUAAAAAUUGAUAUGGAAAUGUCUAGUCUUAUGUAUAGUAAUAAUCUAUGACAAAUCUAUUCAUUUCUUCGUAUUAAAAAUGACUACCUAUCUCCACUAGGAAAUAGAAUUUUAUGGACCUUUAAAAAAAAGUUUUAUGAAACUUGAUACUAUAAUUACAUUGGUAUAUCAAAAAGGGGAAAAAAGACUAGGGUUCAAAAAUGGUAGCAGGACUUUUUUGAAAUGCCACAAGGUGGCCACAAGAUGAUGCAAAAUGCAACAGAGAUUGACAGAAUAAAAUCAAGUGACGAGGGUUUUUAAAGAAUAACUCUGUAAAAUGUGCAUUUGGUGGUUUUUUUCUUUUAAUUUAAAGUCAGUUGUCUUUUACAUCUUAAAUUUCUAAAAGCAUUUUUAUAAUUAUUUUUAGUAAGAUUUUUUCUUAAGAUAUUUCAUAUACUGGUUUCUACGAUUUAUAUUUGCAAUUUCUCAGUGUUAUGUAGAGUGAGGGAAAGCAUUCAUUUAAAACCAUGAUGUUUCUAGAACCUAUGCUUAUAGGUCCUUCCUUACAGUAUUGAUUCUACUCCAUUAUCUUGAAAAAAUCUAGUUUAAACUGUUUUUCUUCCAGCAUGAACGAACUAGACGAGAAAAUCACUUGUUUAUCUUCAAGUUGCACUAAUUAACAGUGCCAAAACAAAUUCUGUUUUAAAAAAGAAAUCUUGUAAGAUAAUGGACUAGUCCAAGGACAUGGCUUUGAACAGUGGAUUGGAUCUGUUCUGAUAAUAUAAAAUUAUUUUUUGACUUGGUAGCUUGAAUAAAUUGAAGAAUUGCAUUCAGUUUGAGUUUUGCAUAUUCUUAAAUAACUGCUAAAAUUUAUAGUAUUAGGUCAAAAAAUAAUUAACCAGAAGUUUAUGUCCUAAUGUGGGCAUUUCUCUUUAAAAAGGUAUUUUUUCUUUAUAGAAAUUUUGAAAGAGCCUUCUCUUAAACUAAGUCUAAUGCAUGUACUAUGAAAAUAUUUUAAAACAACAUUUUUAACUAGUGUGAACAACUCACGUAAACAGUGAAAAACUUGGUAACAUAUUAAGUGGAUGUUAUUAUCAAAUGUUUUUGUUGUUUAAUACUUUGUUUUCCAUCAAAAUAUCUUUACUAGUAUGUGCUUCGUGUAGUCUGUUUAUGGUCUAAUUUUAGUGCCAGUCAUCUUGUUUGUGCAAAAUUAGUAUCAGUAUGGAAAGGAAGCUUGAAGAUGAGGGGUGUUUGAAAAUAAAUGAUCAAUUACAUUUCAGUUUACAUAUGCAACAGUUAUUCACUACUAGUUUUAAGCAUUUUCUGCUUCUCUACUAGACAAAGUUAUUUGAUUUUACAUUAGACUUUGAGCCGUGAAGGAUAAAUUAUGCAUCAUUUUAACAUUAAUAAGAGUAAGUAGCACAUUAUACUCUCAGCCACAUGAAAGUUCUUGUUUCCUUCAAAAGUUGCCUUUUAAUUACUAACAAAUUCUAAGAACUUCAAGCAAAAGUCUGAUUUGAUAUUUAAAUUUAUAAAAUAUUUAAAACCUUAACGUGACAAGCGGUUAUUUUUAAUGACAAAAUCUUCAUUGAUUUGUCUAAGGAAAGAGUCUUAUUAAAAGGAUUUUAGUAUUCAAAGUGAAAGAUUCCUUGCUGCUUUCUUAUUGUCUUUUGGACGUGUGCUCAUGUUCUUUGGAGUAUGAUUCUUUAGUAUAUGAAAAAUGUAAUUUUGUCCUGCUAGUGUAUGCAUCUGUAAUUGAAAAAAACCUUUUUGUGGUAAGUGUUAGUUGGUAAUAAAUGCAUAUUUUCUUAUUCUUUUGGGUGUCAUUUUAAAUGAAAACUUUUUAUUCUUUGAA